AUGGACGCCAGAGUAGAGCAGCCACCGCAGAAGAAAAGGAAGAAGAAGAAUCAUACAACAAUUCCUCCUCCGUCGUUUUCAUCACUUCCACAUGAUAUUGUUUUGAACUGUUUGGCUCGCAUCUCCAGAUGUCACUACCGUUCCCUCUCUUUAGUCUCCAAGAGCAUCCGCUCUCUCAUCUACUCACCAGAGCUCUACCAGUCUCGCUCCUUGAUCGGAAACACAGAGCCUUUCCUCUACCUAUGCCAACACUCACAUCCUUCUGAUCGCUGGUUCCAUCUUGAUCAGAACCUAGUUACUGAUGGCAAUUUUAGGGAUGAGCGAAGCUUAUCACCGAUAACACCCUCUUCUUCUGCUCCAUCCAUGUCAACCACUGUAGUCGUUGGUUACGAAAUCUACCAAAUCGGCGGAACCAUCAACAACCAGCUGUCCUCGGCCGUUCACGUGUUUGACUGUCGUACUCAUACGUGGCGUGAUGCUCUUAACAUGACGGUGGCAAGGAAACGCGCCAACUCUGCUUUUAUGGACGGCAAGAUAUAUGUCACUGGAGGAACAGUUGAGUCAUCAUCAUCCAUGACUUGGGCUGAGGUUUUUGACCUAAGUACUCAGACUUGGAAGCCUUUGCCUAACCCUACUAAUGAUUACGCUUGUAACGUUGUCAUUCGUAGAGGAAAAUUAUAUGCUAGAAGUGAGCAUAAUAAGUAUGUAUAUGAUUCAAAAGAUGGGAGAUGGAAGGAGCUUGUAAAUUUGGGUUUAAGUCGAGAAUAUACGUUUGGACCUUGUUGCGUUAUAGAAGAUAUAAUGUUUGGUGUACAUCGUGACGGUAAGGUCGAUUGGUAUGACUCAGAGCGUAGAGAAUGGUCCAUUGUUAAGGGUUUGGAAGAUCAUCGUUUUGGCUAUCCUACCAUUCGGUUAGCUAACUAUGGUGGGAAACUCAUAAUUCUAUGCUACCGCCCAUCGCCACGGUACCGGUACGUUUCAUUGGAGAGGACGGCGAAGUGCUGUAGAAGAAGGCGUACUUUUCGCCGCAAAACAAAGCGUAGGGUUUCCAACCAAACAAAGCGUAUUAGCUGUGUGGUGAUAAGGUUGGAGAAGCGCAUUGGCUUUUCUGGAUUACAAAUUUGGGGGGAGAUUGAACGGUCAAAUGAUGUGCUUACAGUCCCCAAUUCAUUUAAGUUCUUCAGCUGUAUCACCCUUUGA